AUGUGCGAUGGGACGAGGCUGAUUAUUACGGAAUUAAAGGACAAUUUAACUGUAGCGAUCAUUAUCACCGGCCCAGCUGAUCUGCCAAUCCAAUUUAAAUUCUCGUUAACUAUAGGCAAGGUCCAAGGUCAACCUUUCGAAUUAGUAGGGACGACCUACGAAAAUAAUGUUUUACUGAUGGCCAACUGUAUGUGUGCCUACAGCUGGUCGGAGCUCCUGAAAAUCAAUUUAUUUAAUAUUUUGCUACCACAAAAUAAGACAACAUCAAAUAUCGUUUAUAUGGAAGUUCUAUCUCAAUAA